AUGGCUUCUGGCCGGAGGCCUCCGGCAUAUGCUAGCUUCCUCGCUGCUGGCACGGCGGCCACGGUGGAGCUUUCGAUUAUGCAGCCGCUGGACGUGGUUAAGACCCGCAUGCACCUUCAGGGGCAAGGCGUCAAGAGCGGCGACAAUUUUCAGGGCACUUUGGCCGCUAUACGGGGCAUCUGUCGUGCCGAAGGCCUGAUGGGUCUUUGGCGGGGCUUCGUGCCCGGCCUCUGCGUGGUCAUCCCGCGAAGAGGCUUCAAGUUUGUCUUCUACGACGCCUUCAUCUCCUGCCUGUGGAAGGGGGAGAAGUCGAAGGCGCCAUUUUUCCAUAGUCUGGCGGCUGGGGGCAUGGCCGGCGCGGCCGAGGCCUGCAUCAUCACCCCUCUCGAGUGCAUCAAGAUCGGCAUGCAAAGCGAGAAGGCAGCUGGCAAGGCGGCCACGGGAACACUGGCCUUUGCACAGGCCAUGGUCCGAACCGGUGGUAUCCAAUCCCU